AUGACUACCAGUACUAUUAAUAGUAGAUCAGAAUCAGGGUAUCCAAGUGAGGGUUCUUUCUCUUCCGACAGCGACUCUUUCUCUUCCAGUAGCAGCAGUAGCAGUGACAGCGAGUUGGAGAAUGGAUACGCGUCUGGUAGAGCACUCAACAAUGCUACCAAUAAUGCGACCCGACCAGUCUCGUUCCGACGACGCAUGGCUCCAGCAUCUGGCAAUCGAUCCGAUGACAACAACAACAAUACUGCCACUACCAUUGCCAUCCAACCCAGUUAUAGUCACGACAGCCGACGGCAUAAUCACAGACGUCACCAUCGCCAUGAUGGGACACGUCCGUGUGUGGCAGUAUCUCGUCUUUGGCGAACAUGCAAACGACACCGUCGUACUAUAAUCAAGCAAUUGCCGACACUCUUUUUGGUAUUUUGUUUUGUCUUUUGGCUAAUUGUCCAAACGGGAAAUGUCUAUGAUUCCGUCAAACAAUCGACACAGCAGCGAGAACGACUGUCACUCCACCAACGGCGAAAACAACGAAAAAAGAGUGCUCCACUAGCUCCAUCGAGUCUGGAACAAGCGGGGACAUUUCUAUCGGAUGCCUUGGAUGGAUUUAUUGAUAUUAUUAAAUUACCCGCCAAGGCAUUUCGACAAGCGUCUCGAGGAGAAGCACUCUUACCGGGAUGUGUUCGGUCCUCGUGGCAAGCACUCAAUUUACCCAAUUGCAAUGACAUUCAUGAAACCAGUCUCUACCAAGCAUUUGUACAUGACAAUAAUGCGUAUGUGGGAGCGGGAUAUUGGAGACAUGUAUGGUUGGUUCAUGGUACGGAUAACAGUGACAACAACAAUAAGAAGAAAUCAUCCGUGGGCGUCUUGAAAAUGAUGAAGUCCGAACACAAGGUGGAAAUGCGCAAUUUCGAACGACAUCGACGCGAUGCCUUGGCCAUGGAACGAUUGACCAGUGCACCCAAUAUUGUGGAUAUCUAUGGAUAUUGUGGAAAUUCUGUAUUGACGGAAUAUGUUGGCAGUGAUCUUCAUCAGAUAUUGUAUCAUACCGAUGAUGAUGUCUACGAUCCACAAGCCAUUGGAGCACAUCAACUCAAACAAGAAAAACCGUCUAUCCAGCGCACCGAAAAAGAAAUGCUACAAUUAGCCUUGGGAGUGGUAAAGGGAGUGGCAGCCCUUCAUCAAGUGCCGGGUGGUCCCAUUGUUCAUGCGGAUGUGGCCGACAAACAAUUCCUCAUUGAUCCAACUCAAGGAGUGGUCAAACUCAAUGAUUUCAAUCGAUGUCGAUUCAUGGGACAUCAAAAGGAAGCACCACACCAAAGUUGCACCUUUCGAAUACCCUCGGCUCCUGGACGACAUCGAUCGCCGGAAGAAUAUGAGGAUCAGGAAUUGACAGAACAGUUGGAUACCUACAGCAUGGCCAAUGUGCUAUAUGGUGUUUUGACGGGUGUGGCACCCUGGGGGGAUUUGCCAUCCUCGCAAGUCAAACGAGCCGUCAAGCAUGGGGUCAAACCACCGAUUGGGGCACCCCUGCGACAUCCUGGGACCAGUACGGCCCUAUUGGCCGAUUUGGUCGAUCGAGCGUAUGAGCAUGAUGCCAAGAAGCGAAUCACGGCACCGGCCAUGGCGCUGGAACUGGAAAAGGCAUUGGAGCGACUCCAGGAGACUACUACGACGGCAUAGAUAGAACAGAGCUCUGCUUUUUUGUUUUGUCAUUUUGACCAGCAGAAACCACGAUAAGUUGAGUGGACAAGGUUUUUGUUCCUGCCUUACCGGUACAGCUGGGCAGUGCAAUUUGCGGGAGAUCGAUCAUUUCUGGACAACAUCAUGUUCAUGCAAUGCCGGUUGGAAUCUUCCCUCUAUUAAUAGCUUAGUUUUUAAAGCAAGUUGGGAAGGAAGAACCGUAGCUCCUAGCUAGUUAAAAAGAUAAGGUUGCCACCUACUACU